GGCCAUGGGGGACGGAGCCGUCCGCAGCCACCGGAGCCGGGAGCCCCGCUGGAGCUGGAGCGGCGUCCCCUGCUGAGCCCCGAGCGCCGGGCCGGCAGCCGGAUGCCCCGGCCCAUCGGGCGGGCCAGCGGCCGCCUGCGGGAUGAGCAGACUGCUGGGGGGGACGCUGGAGCGGGUCUGCAAGGCUGUGCUUCUUCUCUGCCUGCUGCACUUCCUUGUGGCUGUCAUCCUCUACUUUGACGUCUACGCUCAGCACCUGGCCUUCUUCAGCCGCUUCAGUGCCCGUGGCUCUGUCCGUGCCCUCCACUUGGCAGCCAGCAGCAGCACCAACUGCUCAAGGCCCAACGCCACUGCCCCCAGUUCUGGGCUCCCUGAGGUCCCCAGUGCCAAGCCUGGCCCUACAGCUCCUGUCCUGCCACCUUGUCCUGACUUGCCACAGGGUCUUGUGGGCCGACUGCUGAUCGAGUUCACUUCACCCAUGCCCCUGGAGCGGGUGCAGAGGGAAAACCCAGGUGUGCUCCUGGGCGGCCGCUAUACUCCACCUGACUGCACCCCCGCGCAGACAGUGGCCGUCAUCAUCCCCUUUAGACACCGGGAGCAUCACCUACGCUACUGGCUCCAUUAUCUACACCCCAUCUUGAGGCGGCAGCGGCUGCGCUACGGAAUCUAUGUCAUCAACCAGCAUGGUGAGGACACCUUCAACCGGGCCAAGCUGCUCAAUGUGGGCUUCCUAGAAGCACUGAAGGAGGACGCUGCCUAUGACUGCUUCAUCUUCAGUGACGUGGACUUGGUCCCCAUGGAUGACCGCAAUUUAUAUCGUUGUGGUGACCAACCCCGCCACUUUGCCAUCGCCAUGGAUAAGUUCGGCUUCCGGCUGCCCUAUGCUGGCUACUUUGGAGGUGUGUCAGGCCUGAGUAAGACUCAGUUUCUGAGGAUCAAUGGAUUUCCCAACGAGUACUGGGGCUGGGGUGGCGAGGAUGAUGACAUCUUCAACCGGAUCUCCCUGACGGGGAUGAAGAUCUCCCGCCCAGACAUCCGAAUAGGCCGCUACCGCAUGAUCAAGCAUGACCGGGACAAGCAUAAUGAGCCCAACCCUCAGAGGUUUACCAAGAUUCAAAACACAAAGCUGACCAUGAAACGGGAUGGCAUUGGGUCAGUGCGAUACCGGGUCUUGGAGGUGUCUCGGCAACCUCUCUUCACCAACAUCACAGUGGACAUUGGUCGACCCCCAUCAUGGCCCCCUCGGGGCUGACAUUAAUAGACAAAAGUUCUUGGUGCCAAGGAUUGCUUGCCAGAGGACUGACCUACAGCCUGGCUCGGGCAUCUGUUCUAUGGGCGACCCCCAGGACUGAGACUGUGGGUUAUGUUUGAGGGUCUUACAGAGACCGCCAGUUGGACCUAGAAGUUCCAGAACCCACUUUGAGGGGCUUCUGGCCUGGGCAGGCCCCUCAAGUGUGGCCCUCUCUGGGGUCAACCCUUCUUUCUGCCCCACUUCCCCCAGCCCAGCCUUCCUCACUGUCAGGGUCGGGCCAGCCCCUGCACUGCCUCGCGGAGUGGCCUGGGCUAGGUCACUCCACCUCUCUGUGCCUCAAGUUUCCCUCCUCCCCCUUGAGUCCCCUAGGGCCUGGAAGGAUGGGAGGUAUGACUAGGGGGCAGUGUCUCUUCCAGGGGGAAUUCUCAGACAUGAGACUCCCCCAUGCUCCCAGGGGAGGGGAAACCUUUUUCAUUCAACAUUGUAGGGGGCAGUCUUUGGUGUGCCCCCUGCUGAGGAGCAGCCCCAGGAGGGGACCAGAGGGGGUGCUGUGUUGCUGCCUGGGACCUUGGGGUUGGCUUUUGCAUGGGGGGGUAAGGGGACUGGAUUAGUCUAUAGUUCCCGCCUCCCUGUCUCAGAGAGGAGGCAGAAGCCCCAGAGGCCGGCUCAUGUUUGUACAUUGCACAGAAACUUGUGUGGGUGCUUUAGUAAAAAACGUGAAUGGAA